AUGCUUCCCAACAACAAUAACAGCAAUGGAAGUACAGCCUCUCCGUCGGGUGAUGCUAUGAUCGGUCCGAAUCACCACCAUCAUCAUCAUAGCGAACAGGUUCCAUCAAAACACUCUCAUGAUUCAAACAAAUCGGAUCCAAUGAAUAGUAUUGCUACAACUAAUUAUUCCUUCAAUGCUCCAUCAUUGGUUUCCGUAAAUUUUAAUAAUCCAAAUAUUAAAAAAGAAUUGUUAUUGAUGAUCGCUGGAUAUCUGAAUUGUGAAGGAUACAAUACAUCAGCUAUAACGUUAUUGGAGGAAUGCCAAGCAAAACAAAAAAGAGAAGCCCAAAAACAUUCUUUAAUUGAAUCAAUUUGUUCCGAUAUGAGAGACGGUAAUUGGUCAAGCGUGGAUAAUGCACUUCAAGAUUCUUUCAAUAGUACUACUAUUGGCGUAAACACCAAUUCAACGAUAUCCAAGUCAACUUUGUAUGCAAUUUACAAGCAAUAUUAUUUUGAAUUGAUCGAAGGUGGAGAGUAUCAAAAGGCCUUCUCAAUACUAAAUAAGAGAUUGAAGCCACUGAAAUCGGUUUCCACAAAAGAGGAAUUUUCAGAUCUAUGUCUUUUGUUGACAUGUAGGAGCGUGAACGAGGUAGAUAGAUUUCAAGAGUGGAAAGGAAACAUUUCAAACAACUCAAUUUUAACAUAUGGAGGCUAUACCUCACGAGAUGCUUUAAUUGAAAAGAUACUUUAUGAGUACAAACGAGAAGAAAGUCUUUCCAUUUUAUUUGAGGGAGACACGCACCAAAUUUCUAGUGUCGUGCCUCAAAACAGACUGCUGGAACUACUCCAUCAAGCUGUAAAUUAUCAAGCAAUCGAAUCAGCUAAUUACAUGGAAAACAGAACUCACAUCUCAGAGAGAUUUAGAGGUACUAGAGGACCGAAUGCUGUGUCGUCUCUUUUAUUUGAUUAUGAAACUUUGAUAAUACCAAAUUCUUUAUAUAAUACAUUCAAAGGGCAUAAAGAAAAUGUAAAGUGUGUAGAAUUUAUUGGAAAGCAGGGAUUAUAUUUAGCUUCAUGCUCUAGCGAUCAUACCAUCAAAAUUUGGAAUACUUUGGCACAUCCAAGCAUAAUUACGUCAGGCUCAUCCAACGACAAGCCUGAGGAUAGCACUUCUCCUACAGCUAAAUCUGAAAAUCAAUCACUUUUGGAACCAACGAGCUAUGAGAACGACCCGUUAAUAGUGUCGCUAGAAGGCCAUUCUAAUAGGGUCUGGGAUUUAUCGUGUUCAUCCUCAGGAAAUUUAUUGGCCUCUGCAUCUAGUGAUGGCACUGUAAAAAUUUGGGAUGUCAAGAAUAUUAUCGAAAACAAAAGUCACAGCAGAGUAGUCAACAACUUUUCUCAUUCCAUUGAAAUCAAUGCCAAUGGAAUUAAAUCAGAUCUAUAUAGUGCUGAGUUUGAUCCAAAUGGAAAAUAUAUCGCCACAGGAGGUUACGAUAAUGUUGUGAUUCUAUACGAUUUAGAAAAAAACACAGUUGUGAAGAGAUUUGAAGGUCAUAGAUCGUCAGUAUGCUCUGUUGUGUUUAAUCCAUUUGGAAAUUUGCUGAUAACAGGAGGAAAAGACAAAUCCAUCAAAUUUUGGGAUAUUUCAAGUGGUGAAUGUAUUGCAUCCAUUGAUAAGCAUCUAGGUGAAGUUACUGGUUUACAAGUCAACAAAACAGGAGACAAACUGCUUUCUUGCUCAAAAGACAACCUAAACAGGCUGUGGGAUAUAAGAAAAUUGGAAAGCACAAACCAACAAUCGUUGGUACAGCAAAAAUUCAAAGGCCAUCAAAAUGCUUACAAGAACUUUAUUCGAUGCAAAUUCGGUCCCAAAGAAAGGGUGGUAAUUAGUGGUAGCGAAGAUGGUUAUGUGUACAUUUGGGACUCUCUUACUGGUCAACUGGUCCAAAAACUUGGAUCCAGCAACAAAUUUUCUAAUUUGAACGGCGUUUUCAAUGGAACCGUUUUUGAUGUUGCUUACAAUGCACAUCAGGGAUUGAUCGCUAGUGCAAGCGAAGAUAAUUUGGUCCGACUCUUUAAUUACAAAGGAAUGCAUUGA